AUGCAGGAUUGGGAAACUAACUGGAAUUCACAUUCUUCUCCACGCAGUGAGAUUCUCGAUAAGUAACUAACUCCGUCCUUUCUAGAUAAGUGCUGUGUUGUAGUCCAUCUGUAAUCAUCAAUCUGGUUAUCUAAGGCUGCCUGUCCUCUGCCAUGCAGGAAUGCACGCAUUUAGAAAACAUACUUAUUUUCCCAGACAACUGCUGCAUGGACGAGAAGGCGACAGCUCCUGCAGAUGCAAAGUGCUCCGCGGGAAAGUUCAUAACCUCCUGUCAAAAGUAUUUGAGUCAUUUAAUUGAGUAGCAUAUAACUAUCCAAAGCUUUGUUGUGGUGCUGUAUCACAAGCCCGGAGCCGACGGCGGUAUCUGCUACGAGAAGUAGUCCUUCGGACAGCAGGACCCGAAGGCGGGAGAGGAACGUGACUCUGCCUAGAAAACAAGUCCGGGACGUCUGCCGGGACCCCCGGGCUCAGGCUGCCGUGUCGCCGCCGCAGAGGUGGAAGGCGGCCCCGGCUGCCCCCCGGUCCCGGGCCGCCCCUGCGCGCUGGUAGCGGCGGGCCCGCUGGCCGCCUGCCCGGAGAGGGGGAGGCGGCCGCGGGGCUCUGCCACCGAAGGUGUGUCCUGCCCUAGGCGCGGCUCUCUCGCAGGUACUAAUCGCCGCCCUGCCCCGGCUCCCUUCUGCAUUCUCCCUUCCGCCCCGCUCCCCCUGGAGCCAGCGGUCCUUGAGCGCGGCCGGGAUGUACGGGGGCCAGCAGCAGCUGCAGCCCCUCACGCUGCCCCCGCACCUCCAGCAGCAGCACCAGCAGCAGCACCACUACUACCGGCGCCAGCAGCACUACAGCACUCUCCCCGCCGGCCGGCGGCCCCUGUCUUGCUCGGAGCCGCUGCUCCGGCCCCUGCCCUGCCGGGAGCCGCCGCCCUGCCCGGAGCCGCUGCCCCGGCCCUGCCGGGAGCCGCCGCCCUGCCCGGAGCCCCCGCCGCCGCCGCGACCCCCGCCGUGCCGGGAGCCGCCGCCCUGCCCCGAGCCGCCGCCGCGGCCCCUGCCGUGCUUCGAGCCCGCGCCCCACCAACAGCAGGAAAGCAGCGUGGCGUACGACCGGGUGCGGACCUACGGCCCCGGCUGCCGGCGGGUGAGCACGUCCUGCUCCUCCCGGGCCGCCUCGCCGCUGGAGUGCUCGCACGGCUACCAGCAAGUCAUCUCCGGCUGCGACCCGCCGCAACAGGGCACUAUUCGAAGGAUUAUUAUCGAGAAUCCUGAUCAGGAGCCGUUAUCCCCAUUUCUUAGAGGGGGGAAUUUCUUUCCUGGAAAUAAUGUCAUCUAUGAAAAGACCAUAAGAAAAUACGAGCUAUUAAAUCCCCACCAAGAGAAGCAGUACCAGUUUUCCCAGCACUGUCCGAUUCCCCAGCAAGUGGAUCAGUGCCAUGCUGAGCAGUCUCAGGUCACGUCCCAGUGCCAGCAGACACAGACCAGCAGCCCCUGUGAAGUAAUUCCAGUCUGCGUGAGUGAUGACUGCCAAGGAAAUACAGUGAGGAGGGUAACAGUUCAAACCUGUGAACCGGUGAAUUGUUCUCAGGAAAAUAGUGACCAGCUGGACUGCCGCUACUUUGGUGAGCUCCUUGCUGAACUGAAUCGGAAGACAAACGACUUGUACAGUUGUUUACUACAGCAUGUGGAAAAGAUAGGAGGAAGGAAUCAUGACAUUGAAUUCACCUGUCAGACUGAAGAUAUUGAAGAUUUAAUUCCUAAAGGACUGUCUGAGGCAACAAAGCAGCAGAUUCGUUAUCUCCUCCAGAUGAGAGUGACAUCAGACAAAUCUAUGAGACUUGUGCUUUCCACUUUCAAAAAUCUACGUGAAGAGCUUUGCCACCUGCAGGAUGACCUGGGGAAGUUAGAAACUGACAGUGUCUUACUUAAGAAGGAUUUGGCUUUUAAAGAUUCUCAAGUGAAAGAAUACGAAACUAUGUUGACUUCUCUGAGAGAGAACAAUCGUCAGCAGCAGCAAGGACUCAGAGAGAGCACUGCCAAGUGUCGUGCUCUGGAAGAGCAGCUCCUCUCUCUUCGGCUCAGCGAGGGAGAAAAGGAUUGUCAGCUAAAGGAACUGGAGUACUGCAAGCGUGCCUUGGAGCAAGAGAUCCAGAGCCUCAAACUGCAGACCUGCUCCAAUCCCACACUACAGACCACCACAGAUGAACUCUCUAGCCGUUACGUAGAGAUGAUCAAUAACUUGAGAGAGGACAAAGAUCGUGAGAUCCGCAAUCUUAGGUCUCAGUUAUGCCAAUUCCAGCAAGAUAUAUCCAGGAGAGAGGGAAGUAACAGUGACUUGCAAAUAAGGUUGCAUGAACUGACAUCGAUGCUGGAGGAGAAGGAUGCUUUUAUUAAACAACAGCAAGAGGACCUCUUCAGAUUGAAGCAUGAGAAAUUAUCAGGCAGUCAGUCCCCUGGUGUCACAGCUAUCAUCACUAAGAAGUACAGGAAUCAGUAUCCUAUUCUGGGUCUUCUGUCUGAUGACUACAAGGUUACAUCACCAGUCAAUAAAUCACAAACUAUUGUCAUUGAGAGGACUGGAGAGAUCUGGAAACAUGAAUGAAAGAAAUCCCUAAGCCACCACAGCGACUCAAAGGAGUUCACAGCAACUAAAACUGCUUUACUUUCUGCUGCUUUGCAUCCCAAAAAGGUUCAGGCUGAUAACCAGAAAGGCUGGGGAACACAUUAAGGACAUGGAAGCAUGAAGGUGAUGGAAACACUGUUUCCUCCUCACCAUACAGAAACCAGUUACCUGCGUCCACAAUCUGCCACCAACAGCUGUGCGCAAAUGUUAUUUGUACUUUUUCACGCACUUACUUUUUGC